GUUUGCAGUCUGAAGAAGUUGCACAGCUGUCAACUUCUUGUGUCAUCACAUUUUGCUCAGAGUUAUUUGUUCAUGUCUUCUGCUGCUGUCUCUGUAGGGUCAUGAGGGAAGAUAUACUAUAUAUAUUCACGCCUCAAGGGAAGCUGCAACCUGCAGAACGCAAGAAAGGGCUGUUGUGUGUUGCGUCCUCGCGAUGUCUGGACAUCAAGGUUGGGCAGACCUACCAGAUGUCCUGCUUCAUUCGAUUGUUGCUUUGCUGGGCUCCUUCUCUGACCUUCUUGCCUUCGCGGUCUGUAUGUUCUUGUCAUCGUCCUGUGUGAGCUUCCAACAGCUCAUCCAUCUCACCAACCUGACAUGGUCUGCUUCUUCCAGGAUGAGCACCUGAUCGAUGUCGACGUGUGUGCCCGCAAGGUCGUGGGGUGCGAGGUCUAUGAGCUGGUUGAACCGCCGCGCGAAGACAUCACUUCCCGCUUCGUUCACGCUUGGCCGCUGCCACCGGCUCUCUGCUCAGGUGCAAGACAGAGACACGCCACCAUGCAAUGAUUCUUCUUCCACUCGCAGGCCUCCCAAUCCAGUAACUCUUUUUCUGCUCCAGCAUAGCAUAGCUGGUGCUUUGUUUCUUGGAAUUUGGAAGAGGAAGACGAUGAAGCGUGGUGGUUAUCUAUCAAUAUGCCUUGUGUUCUGGUUGUACUUCAUAGCUAGUUUCAUUGUAUUUUGUACUGGUCUGGUUGUAUGAAUAGGAUGUAAAGAUUGUAAUAGGCUAUAUUUAUUGGUCUGGUUGUAUUUUGUACUGGUCUGGUUGUACUGGUCUGGUCAUUUCAAGUAUAUAGUUUUGUUUCAUUU